AAAUAUGAGUUGUUCGAUUUCUGGGGGGGAGUAUAUAUGAGAGUACACAGCGUCUGAAACGCCAUUGAAGGACCAGCAGAGAUGGCGACGGAGAUUCACCCGAAACAGAGGCUGUCGAUCCCUUUGAAGACCAGACUCACCCUCUCCCUCGCCUCCACCUUCAUCGACAGAAUCCAACGACCCGACGGCUCCCUCCCCCGCGGCGGCUUCUUCCGCCUCUUCGACUUCCGCUCCCCCGUCAGCCCUCGCCCCUCCAACGGCGUCUCCACCGCAGAUUUCUCCGUCGAUCCUUCCCGCGAUCUCUGGUUCCGCGUCUUCUCCCCCCACGUUCCCCCCUCCGACGAUGGCUCUCGCCGCCUUCCCGUUGUCUUCUUCUUCCACGGCGGUGGUUUCGUCUUCCUCAGCCCUGACUCCAUCGCCUAUGACCGCUUCUGCCGCCGAUUCGCCCGGGAAAUCCAGGCCUACAUCGUCUCUGUCAACUACCGUCUCGCUCCCGAGCACCGUUACCCAGCCCAAUACGACGACGGAUUCGACGCUCUCAAGUUUCUCGACGAGAAUCACGCCACGAUUCUUCCCCCGAACGCUGAUGUGACGAAGUGCUUCCUCGUCGGGGACAGCGCCGGCGGAAACAUCGCUCACAAUGUCGCCGUCAGAUCCUGCUCCGCUGGGUUUGGCGCCGUGAAAAUCACCGGAAUCAUCGCGAUCCAGCCGUUCUUCGGCGGAGAGGAGCGCACGGAGGCGGAGGAGCGCAUCGUUGGAGCUCCGUUGAUCUCUGUCCGCCGGACGGACUGGUCAUGGAAGGCGGUUCUACCGGAGGGAUCGAACCGGGACCACGUGGCGGCGAACGUAUCAGGACCAAACGCCGUCGACAUAUCCGGCGAGGAGUUCCCGGCGACGAUGGUGAUCGUCGGAGGAUUCGAUCCGUUGCAGGACUGGCAGAGAAGGUACUACGAGUGGUUAAAGAAAUCCGGGAAAAGAGCAGAGUUAUUGGAGUAUCCAAACAUGUUCCAUGCCUUUUAUAUCUUCCCCCAAGUGGCCGAAUCCAGAGAGAUGGUAGUGCGGAUAAAAGAUUUCGUCGACGAGCGCGUGGCUGCACUCUCCGCUUAGCUAACGCAUAUUUAUAUUUGUUUGUCUCGUAUUGGAUCUUAUAAUAUAUAUAUUAUUUUUAGUAUCGGCAAAAAAAUUUGAA